AUGUCACAACGAAACCGCAGCGGGCGCGGGUCGAGUCGCAACAACGGUGGCUCACACGGCGAGGAGGCCCAGAUAUGGGACUCCUGUAAAAGCCAGUUGGCCGAGAUUGUCACCGGCAUUAAUGCUGAGAAUGACAGCCUAAAAGAGCUCGUCGCCCUGGACAAGCAAGUGGGAGCCAUGGACGCUAACAAAAUCCCAAACGAAUCCCUCAAGACGAUGGAAAACCUUUGUCGGUCCGGUGUUAAGCUCUCCGAGGCCAACAUCACAACCCUCAAGAACGUAACGGAACAGCUUAAGAUUCUACGCGCCGUGGUGGUUGCCAAGGAGCAGGCAGAGGCUGCCGCCGCCGGUCCUAGCAAGAGGGCUGCUAGGGACAGCGCGCCGAAUCCCUCCUUGUACGACUUUGACGCUGCGGCCGAUUCGCCUGUUCCUAGUCCGAUUGGCGGCUCUAGAAAGCACAGCGAGAGGACCAAGGAUCGCGAACGCGAGCGUGAACGAGAGCGAGAUAGCAUACCGCCCAAGGCAGAGAGCGUGGAGCCACCGGGCUCGGCCAACAAGUCCAAGGUCAUAUUCUCCAAGGGAGACGCCGUCGCCUUCAGGUCCAAGGCUGGGUCGACCGAGGGCAUGGCUGAUUGGAUCAUGGGCGAGGUUGCACAAGUCAUUGGGGAUGGUAAGAACCGCCGAUACAAGGUUCUCGAUAUCGAGCCCGACGACCACAGCAAGCAAAAGGAGUACAGAACAGGCGCAAACAACAUGAUUGCUAUUACACCCGAGAGCCAGGCCAGUACACUUGAGGAUUGGAAGAAGGGCCAAGUUGUGCUCGCGCUUUAUCCCAACACAACGACGUUCUACAAGGCAGAGGUGCACAGCAUGGAUGGUGCCGGUAAGGUGAAUCUCAAAUUUGAGGGGGAGAAUGAUUCGAAGAUCCUGCAGCAGGUUGAGCGACGCUUCGUGAUCGAGUACAGGCCGUAA